GCGGCGAUGGGCGUGUGUUGGGGGCCCGUGUUGCGGGUGCUGGUGCUGCAGGCGGCCUGGGCGCUGGGCGGCGGUCAGGUGCGGUACUCGGUGCCGGAGGAAGCCAAGGCCGGGACGGUGGUGGGGCGGCUGGCGCAGGACCUGGGCCUGGAGGCGGGCGAGCCGGAGGCGCGUCGGCUGCGUCUGGUGGCGCAGGGCCGUCGGGCGAGCGUGGAGGUGAGCGGGGCGAGCGGGGCGCUGGUGGUGAGCUCGCGGCUGGACCGGGAGGAGCUGUGCGGGAAGAGCGCGCCGUGCGCCCUGCGCCUGGAGGUGCUGGUGGAGCGGCCGCUGCGCGUCUUCCACGUGGAGCUGGAGGUCACGGACAUCAACGACAACGCCCCGCUCUUCCCCGCCGCACGCAAAAACCUCAGCAUCGCGGAAUUCACCACGCUGCCGGGGUCUCGGUUCCCGCUGGAGGGCGCGUCGGAUGCGGAUAUCGGAGCCAACGCGCAGCUCUCCUAUACACUCAGCCCCAGCGAGCAUUUUACGCUCGAUGUUAAAUCUUCUGAUGAAAGUAGGAAAUCCCUAUUCCUGGUGCUCACGAAAGCUCUGGACCGCGAGACGAUGGCUGUGCACCGUUUGGUGGUGACGGCGAGUGACGGGGGCCGUCCGGCGCUGACGGGCACGGUGGAGCUGGUGAUCUCGGUGCUGGAUGCGAACGACAACGCGCCCCAGUUCAACCAGUCGGUGUAUAAAGUGCAGCUGCCGGAGAGCGCUGCAGAGGGGACGCUGGUGGUGCGGGUGAACGCCACGGAUCCGGACGAGGGUCUUAAUAAGGAGUUUUCUUACAGCAUCAUCAGUUCGGUUCCUGCUGGUAACAGAGAUCUGUUCGCCAUUGAUCCCAAGACGGGCGAGAUCAGACUGAGGGGCGCCCUGGACUUUGAAGACGUUCGUUUACACGAGUUACAAAUCGAAGCGAGAGACAAAGGGACGCCCCCUUUGUCCGGUCACAGCAGCGUGGAGCUGGAGGUGCUGGACGUGAACGACAACGCGCCGGAGGUGUGGGUGACGUCGCUGUCGGUGCCGGUGCCGGAGGACGCGGCGGCGGGGACGGUGGUGGCGCUGCUGAGCGUGUCGGACCGGGACUCGGGGGCGAACGGGCGGGUGCGCUGCGCGGUGUGGCCGGCGUCGCCGUUCGGGCUGGUGGCGACGUUCGCGGGCUCGUACUCGCUGGUGCUGCGGGAGGCGCUGGACCGGGAGCGGGUGUCGGAGUACGAGGUGGAGGUGCGGGCGGAGGACGGCGGGUCGCCGCCGCUGCGCGCCAGCCGCGGGGUGCGUGUGCCGGUGUCGGACGUGAACGACAACGCGCCGUCGUUCGCGCAGGCCGUGUACACGGUGCUGGCGCGGGAGAACAACGCGGCGGGCGCGGAGCUGGCGCGGCUGUGGGCGCGGGACCCGGACGAGGCGGGCAACGGUCGCGUGAGCUACUCGGUGGCGGAGGGCGUCGUCGGGGGCGCGUCGUCGGGCGUGGCGCGGCGGCCGGCGUCGAGCUACGUGUCGGUGGACGCGGAGAGCGGGCGGCUGUGGGCGCUGCAGCCGUUGGACUACGAGGAGCUGCAGGUGCUGCAGUUCGAGGUGCGGGCGGUGGACGCGGGGGAGCCGCCGCUGUGCGGCAACGCCACGGUGCAGCUCUUCGUGGUGGACGAGAACGACAACGCGCCGGCGCUGCUGCCGCUUGCGGGCGGCGGUCCGGGCGUGGGGGCGCCGGUCUCGGCGGCGUCGGGGCCGGUCUCGGGGGCGCUGUGGGCGUGGGCGGCGUGGGGGGCGCCGGCGGGGCAGGUGGUGGCGAAGAUCCGCGCGGUGGACGCGGACUCGGGCUACAACGCGUGGCUGCGCUACGAGCUGUGGGAGCCGCGGGGGAAGGGCCCGUUCCGCGUGGGGCUGUACAGCGGCGAGGUGAGCACGGCGCGGGCGCUGGAGGAGGCGGACGGCCCGCGGCAGCGGCUGGUGAUCGUGGUGCGGGACCACGGGGAGCCGGCGCGCUCGGCCACGGCCACGCUGAGCGUGUCGCUGGUGGAGGGCGCCGAGGCGGCGCUGGCGGCCGGCGGCGCGUCGGCGGCGUCGGCGUCGUCGGCGUCGGCGACGAACGUGUGGCUGGUGGUGGCCAUCUGCGCGGUGUCGAGCCUGUUCCUGCUGGCGGUGGUGCUGUACGGGGCGUCGCGGUGGGCGCCGCGGGCGGCCGUGCUGUCGGGGCCCGGGCCGGCGACGCUGGUGUGCGCCAGCGAAGUGGGGAGCUGGUCGUACUCGCAGCGCCAGAGCCGGAGCCUGUGCGUGGCGGACGGCGCGGGCAAGAGCGACCUGAUGGUUUUCAGCCCCAACUUCCCGCCGCCGCCGCCCGGCCCCGCGGCGAAGGAGACGCAGCCGGAGCCGCCCGCUCUGCUGGACACGGCGGCCUGGGCGCUGGGCGGCGGUCAGGUGCGGUACUCGGUGCCGGAGGAAGCCAAGGCCGGGACGGUGGUGGGGCGGCUGGCGCAGGACCUGGGCCUGGAGGCGGGCGAGCCGGAGGCGCGUCGGCUGCGUCUGGUGGCGCAGGGCCGUCGGGCGAGCGUGGAGGUGAGCGGGGCGAGCGGGGCGCUGGUGGUGAGCUCGCGGCUGGACCGGGAGGAGCUGUGCGGGAAGAGCGCGCCGUGCGCCCUGCGCCUGGAGGUGCUGGUGGAGCGGCCGCUGCGCGUCUUCCACGUGGAGCUGGAGGUCACCGACAUCAACGACAACGCCCCGCUCUUCCCCGCCGCACGCAAAAACCUCAGCAUCGCGGAAUUCACCACGCUGCCGGGGUCUCGGUUCCCGCUGGAGGGCGCGUCGGAUGCGGAUAUCGGAGCCAACGCGCAGCUCUCCUAUGCACUCAGCCCCAGCGAGCACUUUUCUCUGGAUUUGCAUCGUAGUGAAGGAUAUCGAGAAUCUCUGUUUUUGGUGCUCACGAAAGCUCUGGACCGCGAGACGAUGGCUGUGCACCGUUUGGUGGUGACGGCGAGUGACGGGGGCCGUCCGGCGCUGACGGGCACGGUGGAGCUGGUGAUCUCGGUGCUGGAUGCGAACGACAACGCGCCCCAGUUCAACCAGUCGGUGUAUAAAGUGCAGCUGCCGGAGAGCGCUGCAGAGGGGACGCUGGUGGUGCGGGUGAACGCCACGGAUCCGGACGUGGGAAGCAAUGGCGAAGUGUUGUUCAGUGCGAGCAAUGCUUUUCCGGUAAGGGGAUUAAACCUCUUCAUUUUAAAUCCGAAGACCGGCGAGAUCCGUCUCACGGGCGCCCUGGACUUUGAAGACGUUCGUUCAUACGAGAUACAAAUGGAAGCGAGAGAUAAUGGGACGCCCCCUUUGUCGGGUCACUGCAAGGUGGUGGUGGAGGUGCUGGACGUGAACGACAACGCGCCGGAGGUGUGGGUGACGUCGCUGUCGGUGCCGGUGCCGGAGGACGCGGCGGCGGGGACGGUGGUGGCGCUGCUGAGCGUGUCGGACCGGGACUCGGGGGCGAACGGGCGGGUGCGCUGCGCGGUGUGGCCGGCGUCGCCGUUCGGGCUGGUGGCGACGUUCGCGGGCUCGUACUCGCUGGUGCUGCGGGAGGCGCUGGACCGGGAGCGGGUGUCGGAGUACGAGGUGGAGGUGCGGGCGGAGGACGGCGGGUCGCCGCCGCUGCGCGCCAGCCGCGGGGUGCGUGUGCCGGUGUCGGACGUGAACGACAACGCGCCGUCGUUCGCGCAGGCCGUGUACACGGUGCUGGCGCGGGAGAACAACGCGGCGGGCGCGGAGCUGGCGCGGCUGUGGGCGCGGGACCCGGACGAGGCGGGCAACGGUCGCGUGAGCUACUCGGUGGCGGAGGGCGUCGUCGGGGGCGCGUCGUCGGGCGUGGCGCGGCGGCCGGCGUCGAGCUACGUGUCGGUGGACGCGGAGAGCGGGCGGCUGUGGGCGCUGCAGCCGUUGGACUACGAGGAGCUGCAGGUGCUGCAGUUCGAGGUGCGGGCGGCGGACGCGGGGGAGCCGCCGCUGUGCGGCAACGCCACGGUGCAGCUCUUCGUGGUGGACGAGAACGACAACGCGCCGGCGCUGCUGCCGCUUGCGGGCGGCGGUCCGGGCGUGGGGGCGCCGGUCUCGGCGGCGUCGGGGCCGGUCUCGGGGGCGCUGUGGGCGUGGGCGGCGUGGGGGGCGCCGGCGGGGCAGGUGGUGGCGAAGAUCCGCGCGGUGGACGCGGACUCGGGCUACAACGCGUGGCUGCGCUACGAGCUGUGGGAGCCGCGGGGGAAGGGCCCGUUCCGCGUGGGGCUGUACAGCGGCGAGGUGAGCACGGCGCGGGCGCUGGAGGAGGCGGACGGCCCGCGGCAGCGGCUGGUGAUCGUGGUGCGGGACCACGGGGAGCCGGCGCGCUCGGCCACGGCCACGCUGAGCGUGUCGCUGGUGGAGGGCGCCGAGGCGGCGCUGGCGGCCGCGGGCUCGUCGUCGUCGUCGGGGGCGGGGCUGCGGCCGGCGGAGGGCGGCGCGUCGGCGGCGUCGGCGUCGUCGGCGUCGGCGACGAACGUGUGGCUGGUGGUGGCCAUCUGCGCGGUGUCGAGCCUGUUCCUGCUGGCGGUGGUGCUGUACGGGGCGUCGCGGUGGGCGCCGCGGGCGGCCGUGCUGUCGGGGCCCGGGCCGGCGACGCUGGUGUGCGCCAGCGAAGUGGGGAGCUGGUCGUACUCGCAGCGCCAGAGCCGGAGCCUGUGCGUGGCGGACGGCGCGGGCAAGAGCGACCUGAUGGUUUUCAGCCCCAACUUCCCGCCGCCGCCGCCCGGCCCCGCGGCGAAGGAGACGCAGCCGGAGCCGCCCGCUCUGCUGGACACGGUAGGGCAGUUUUAA